AUGGCUGCAGAGCAGCGAAAGCUGCUGGAGCAGCUCAUGGGAGCUGACCAGCUAAUCGGAGGACCUAGCUCGGGCAGAAAUGCCCAGGUUCCAAUUACCGAUCCCAAAGUCUGCCGUUCUUAUCUCGCUGGAACAUGCCCUCACGACCUUUUCACCAAUACGAAACAGGACCUAGGGCCUUGUCCAAAACUGCAUAACGAAGGCCUAAAGACCGAGUACGAUGCUGCAUCGUCUCAUGAGAAAGCCAAAUGGGGGUUUGAAUAUGACUACUUGCGCGAUAUGCAGAAAUACAUCGACGAAUGCAAUCGGAGGAUAGAUUCGGCGCAGCGUCGGCUCGAAAAGACUCCUGACGAAAUACGACAAACUAAUCACCUGCUAGCACAAAUAUCCGAUUUAAACAAAACAAUCAAUACCGGAUUAGAAGAGACCUCCGUUCUCGGUGAACUUGGGGCCGUAUCUACAGCGAUUGACGAAUUUUACAAAGUGCGCAAUGCCAAACACCAAAAGGAAUCUUUGGAACGUGAUCUCAAGGCACUCGCGGAUACGUCAGGGCCAUCGGGACAUCAGAAGCUGCAAGUCUGCGACGUAUGUGGAGCGUAUUUGAGUCGUCUGGAUAAUGACCGACGACUGGCAGAUCAUUUCUUUGGCAAAAUGCACUUGGGCUAUGCAAAGAUGAGGGAAACUUACAGCGUUUUACAAAAGGAGAUGAAAGGACAACCUCCGUCAAGGCACGACGAUGGUCCCUCGGGCCGGGGUGAAUCUGGCUUUGAUGAUGGUGGCUGGGGUCAGGGAGGAGGGGGAGGAUAUGGCGGUCGCGCCUUCAGAGGCGGUGGGGGUGGCUAUAGGAGAAGAGGUGGCGGUGGUGGUUACGGACGAUGGUGA